AUGACGGUGGCUUAUGCCGAUACCCCCAUUGCGGAAUGGAAACGCAAGGAGCUGCGAGCACACAGGCGGAAGGUCUUCUGCGUUGGAUGGAAUGAGGACGGCAGGAGGCUGGCCACGGGCUCCCAUGACGAGACCAUGCGCGUGUGGAGCUGCGACGAGGCUGGCAUCUUCAAGCAGGAGAUGGAGAUGAGGGGGCACCAGGACGCCGUCUCCCGCCUGGCCUGGCACCCCACACACCCAGACAAGCUCGCGUCCCUGGGCCAGCUCACUGAGCAGUCGGUCAGGUUUUGGGACACGAGGAGCGGCAAGAACACGGCCACCCUGCCCACGCCCGGGAUCAACCUGUCCCUCGUCUGGUCGCCGGAUGCCCAGUACAUGGCUGUGAACAAUCUAGACGAUGUGGUCAGCAUCCUGGAUGUCAGACGGAUGAAGGUGGUCAGCAAGCACAACUUCAAGCAGCAGGCAAGCAUGAAGUCGUUGGGCAUAGAAUGUAUAUUCGAGAUUGCCUUCAGCAAGGACUCCAAGCACUUUUACCUCGCGACCGACGCUGGGGAGGUCGAGGUGCUGAGCUUCCCAGACUUCAAGCCGGAGAGGACUAUGAAGGGCCACGUCUCCCGGGUCUCCUGCAUGGGCUUUGACCCUGGGCACACGCGCAUGGCCAGCGGGGGAAUGGACACGGUCACCAGCCUCUGGGAUCUGGAGGAGGGCAUCUGCACACAGACGUUCUACGACUUGGACCAAGCCAUACGUGGCGUUGGGUUCAGUCACGAUGGCCAGUACCUGGCCAUUGUGAGCGAGGAGCCUGCUUUGGAGGUGGUGAACCUGAGGACAGGGGCCAACCUGGGGAAGCAGGUGCUGCGUACCUGCCCCGUGGACGUGGCCUGGAACCCGAGGAGGCACAUCCUUGCUUUCCCGGGGGCCUCGGAGCGGGACGGGAGUGGCGCGGAGCAUGGGCUGGUGGAGCUGAGAUACUUGCCGGAGCAGGGUCAAUCCUGA